CCAUACCCUUCCAUAGUGCAGGCGUGCGGUGUCCCGGGAAGGAAUCCGGCCGAUCGACCGAUGGAGUCGCUUGCCAGCGCAGGAGCGGCGUCCAGCGAGCGGCACGUCGUGCUGCUCGCCAGCCCGGGAGCCGGCCACCUCAUCCCGCUGGCCGAGCUGGCGCGUCGGCUCGUCGACCACCACGGCUUCGCGGCCACGCUCGUCACCUUCACCGACCUCUCCUCCCCGGAGGCGCUCUCCGGCGUCCCGGCCUGCGUCGCCACAGCCACGCUCCCGUCCGUCAAGCUCGACGACCUGCCCGCCGGCACUCCUAUGGAGACCGUGCUCUUCCAGCUCGUCCACCGUUCGGUACCGAGCCUCCGCGCCCUCCUCCGCUCCGUCGGCGCUCCGCUCGUCGCGCUGGUGCCGGACUUCUUCUGCUCCGCGGCGCUGCCGCUCGCCGCCGAGCUCGGCGUCCCAGGGUACGUCUUCGUGCCCAGCAACCUCGCCACCAUCGCGCUCAUGCGCGUCACGUUGGACCUCCACGAAGGUGUCCCGCAAGGUGAGUACCGCGACCUCCCCGAGACCAUCGAGCUCCCCGGGGGCGUGUCGCUGCGUCGCACCGACCUGCCGCGCUCGUUCCAGAGCAGCCGCGAGCCGGUCUACGGGCACCUGGUGGAGGAGGGCCGGCGGUACCUCCGCGCGGACGGCUUCCUGGUGAACACGUUCUACGAAAUGGAGCCCGCCAUCGUGGAAGAGUUCAAGCAGGCGGCGGAGCGAGGCGCUUUGGCGCCCGUGUUCCCCGUGGGUCCGUUCGUCCGGCCAAGCACAAGCUCCGACGAUGCCACCGGCUCGACUGCGUGCAUAGAGUGGCUCGAUGGUCAGCCGACUGGGUCUGUGGUGUUCGUCUCCUUCGGGAGCGGCGGGUCGCUGACCGUGGAGCAGACGGCAGAGCUCGCCGCAGGGCUGGAAGCGAGCGGCCAUCGGUUCCUUUGGGUGGUGAGGAUGCCGAAUCUGGACGAUGGCAACGACCACGGUGACCGUGGAGGCAAGAACCCAUUGGCAUGGCUUCCCGAGGGCUUCCUGGAGAGGACCAAGGACAAGGGGCUGGCCGUGGCGGCUUGGGCGCCUCAGGUGCGCGUGCUGUCCCACCCGGCGACGGCGGUGUUCGUGUCGCACUGCGGCUGGAACUCGGCGCUGGAGAGCGUGUCGGCCGGCGUGCCGAUGGUGGCGUGGCCGCUGUACGCGGAGCAGCGGAUGAACGCCGUGGUCCUGGAAGGGAGCGUCGGGGUGGCGCUGCGUCCGCGGGCGCGGGAGCGCGGCGAGAUCGCAGCCGUGGUGAAGGAGCUCAUGGAGGGGGCGGACAAGGGGCGCGCCGUGCGGCGGCAGGCCGGGGACCUGCAGCAGGCGGCGGCGCGCGCGUGGUCGCCCGAGGGGUCGUCGCGCCGGGCUCUGGAGCAGGUUGCCGCCGCGUGGAAGAAGGUGACGCUUGCCGAGGUGGAGUAACGGACGGACAUGCGACGGAGCAAGGGGAGCGGCAAGACGGUCAUGGCGGUUGGCGUGUUGUGUGUGUAUCGGCGGUGUAUGUUUGGUUGUUUGUGCGGCAUUAAUAAAAGGCUCGUCUGACAUUGAUCGUGAA